AUGACAAACACUGGCGACGGCUCUUCCGAGGACAUACAAUUCUUCGGCUUCGAGCGCACGGACAUCACACAAAGCAAGUACCACAUGCGGAAAUUCGACGAGGAGGGGGUGAUCUUUACUGGCUAUCGCAACUCGAAGGAUUGGAGCUCACAUCGGCAACAGGACCGCGACAUGUCAUUUCCUCGGACGAAACCCACGGAGAUAAUCAGCCUCCUCUCUGAUGAGGAGGAUGAAGCCCCUGCCCCUGCCCCUUCCACUUCUGCGACAGUCCCUCUCAGGCAGUCAAACUUGAAGUCAGCUACCGCUCCUGUGGUCCAGAAAGCUGAAGGUGGGUCUUCGGCUCGUAAGCACGUGUCUGUAUCUCGGCGCGUACCCUGGCUCCCAUCUGCAUCCUCUCAGCUUGUGCCACCAUCCCGAUCUUCUGCAUCUCGAGAGAUUCACAUUAUAGAAUCCAGCGAUGAAGAUUCACCUCCUCUGACUCUGGAUGGGUGCCCAGUGGUGCAAGUAGAUCCAACACAUCCAGCACAUCCUGAUGCAGAAAAUUCAGAGGAAGAAUAUUCUGUGAUCCACUCUGCACUUGAUCUCAAUGUAGAGUCCAAUUGGACAGGAAGAGGUGGAGGAAAGUCUGUGAUAGACAUUCAGAGCAAUAAUUUGCCUGAUGUGGCUGCACUCACUAUCUCACCAAGUUCACACAAGAUAUCAGUCUGCAGCAGUCAGACAUAUAGCUCUAUCCACUAUGAGGAUAUGGGCUUGUUAGGAAACACAGAUUCUUGUGUUUCACCUAGCCUUGUGGAAGAGUUCAUUUGGACACAGAUCUGUUCAUCUCAUUCUCUCAUCCCAGUGGCAAAAAGAAAUGAUACCUUGAGCACAUUGCUUAGUCUUCAAUCUACUAAUACAAUUCCAUAUGCACCUGGUGCUAUUCAGAAAAUCACUCAGUCUGGAGGUUUGAUAGCUAUUGCAAGUUCUGUCUGGAAUGGUGGUAUGGAAGAUGGUGAAGCUGGUCCUUACAAUUCUGGUGGAGCAUUGAAGGUGCUUGUUGAAGGAGAAUGUUAUAUACUACCAGCACAUGAAGAUCAAGCUGACAUGACCCAAGGUAGAAUGAUGGUUUUAAUCUCAAUUACAAAUUUCAAUCCUGCCUGCCCAUUGACACUUGUCUCUGCUGGAACUGAUAGGGCUCUGCAAAUUUGGGACUGUGAAUCUGUUCUAGAUGGCAAAGGCCCACAACUUAUGGAAACAAGCAAUAUUUUGUUCAAGCCUGGAGAACCUUUAUUAGCUAUGGGAGGCUGGGAUGGAUGCAUAUAUCUUUCACCUAUCACUUUGAAAACAAGAGGAAAAGCUUGUCUUUAUCUUGCUCCUGAGAUUGAGCAUGAGGUUGCUGAUCUAGCCUGGGGACAUUCUGCAACAUCUAAUCUGCUUUUUGCAUCAUCCUGCCCUAUUGUGUCAAGGAUGAUGGAUGACUACAGUGGACACCACAAGGCAUUUGACACACUUACUGACCAAGUUGUAUGUACCUUCAGUGUGUCAGAAUCUGGAGAACAAAUUGCUCUUAAUGAUGCUGGGACAACUUUGGCUAUGGCAACACACAGCUCAGAAAGUCUAUCCUCACUCUGGUUAUUUGAUUGCCAACACCUUCUUUCUGAUCCUGUUUGCAAGAUUGAUCUCGAGCCAUCAACUUCCAACAUCAUAAGCCAAGUCUCGUUCAGCACAGGCGGUAUCUAUCUUGCCGUCGCACGAGCUGACAACACCGUCGUUGUCUAUGAUUCGAGAUUUUUGAGUCGCGAACCCCUCCAUGUUUUCACUCAUAACCAGGGAACUUUGACAUCGACCGGCGACUUUGGUGUUGUUGGAUCUUACUGGAUUGAGGGUUUGCGUGGAACAAGGUUAGUGACCGGCGGUGCCGAUGGUUGCGUUCGUCUAUGGGAUGUCAGGACCGCAAGCGACGAUCCGCUCAACGGAACGGCCAUUGUGCAAUGUGAAUACGAUAUAGGGUACUUUACCCUUGGGGAUCUCUCUCGUGGCGAGAAGCCGCUGGUUGUGUGA